AUGGACGGUCUUGCCGCGAGGGACAUGGAGCCGCACCAGCCGACUCGUUCCCCUGCCGAGAAUCGCCCCUUCCGUGUUGAGUUCCGGAGCGCGUUGAACGGGGAUCUACUGUAUGAGCGGCAGCAGGAAGGACCAUGUCGUGUGGGCGAUCUGCAGUGUCAUUUGGCCACCAAGUUAGGCGAUAAUGUUCGCCCCACCUUGCUCUUCGAUGGCUCUCCUCUGGCUUUAACGGAUUUCCUUUAUGAGGAUGUUUCUUUGGCCGUGAUUCGCCACACUUUGUCACAAAGGGCUGCCUCUGCGUUGCAGUCUGCUGGCAAAGCAGUUUCUGGGGUCAAGGAAACUCAGCUGCAAGACCUCAAGUCUAUAAUCAAGCCAUCUGAGAUGAUGCUGGACGUGAUGGCUGCUAUUCUGAGCCUGCUCGGUCAAAGGGAGCACUCGUGGCAUUCGAUCCGAAAGCUGUUAGGUCGAUAUGAACUACCGUCCAGGCUUGUCGCCCUCGAGCCCCACCAAGUACCCUUCGAGAGUCAGCUCGUGGUGCAGCAGAUUGUGGAGCAACAUGCUGACAGCUUUAGGCACGAGGUCAUCGUAAAGUACGCCACGGCUCUCGCGCCCUUUGCUGCCUUGGUCAGGGCUUUCCUCGAGUGCUGGGCUGCCUGA